GAGAUCCCCCUUUUCUAGAUCUAAUCAAUGAUCGGUAUGGCAUCGGCCUCGCCACACUUUGAUGGCGACUCCGCUGAACUUGGGCCAAUAGCGUCUUCAAGUCUAGCGUCUUCAAGUCAUGCUGAAAGCUCUGGACGUGCCGCAGCAGCAUGCAAAGCUUGUCGAGAUCGGAAAAUCCGCUGUUCAGGAGAAAAGCCUACUUGUCAGAAUUGUCAGAAAAAGGUUCGAACCUGUGUCUACUUGGCUAGAGUGCCGAAGAAGAGGCGGGAAUUCUUCACUAGGCCUCGAAGAGCCUCUACGAGUCAUGAGGAGCGGCCUCCGAUACCUGCUGGAUCAUCUGCUCCGAGUCAGGUCCAGGACACCCCAUCCACAACGGCGGACGAUUCUCGUCGGGAGUCCGGUAUGUCCUUUGACGAGCCGUUCUUAGAUACUGGACAAUCCUCUCAGCUGCUUGCUCAACCGACUGCUGUACGGAGGAACGAUGAUAUCUUCAAUCUCUUACUUGGCUUGGGCAAUAUCGGCAAUAAUGGUUCGCAGGUUGAAGACCCAUUCGCUUUCGUCAACCUGUCUACGCCCAAAGCCUGGUUGGAACAGCUUGGAGGUGCGGAUAGCUCGGCCAUGGCAUUCGGACCGUCACCUCCUUCUGAUCAAUCAGUCAUUCCAAAUGGCUUGAAUGGGCAAUUCCUCACGUCUGAUCCAGUAAUGACCCUUCGGAGGCAGGUGUCAAGGUUGAAGCGGUUGCAGGUGCCUUUCUUUAGAUUCUUUGGUCCGACAGCCAUUUUACCUGGGUACAAACAAGUCACCAGCGUCAUCUCACGCGCACCCUCUCCGUUGCAAGAUAUCCCCGCCACCCCGCCCGUCUUUGCUACCUUUUCACCUGCUCCGUAUGAAGAUCACCCCAGUAACGAAGCCAUGAACCAUCUCAUUCCCCUCUUUAUCUCCCACUUCAACUACUUUUUCUCCUUCAUAAAUCUGCGAGCGGACAUCGAUGACCCGUCACGGUACUCUCUAUCGCCAGCAUUGACUAACAUUGUCUGUGCACUCGCCGCAAGGUUUUCCCCGAUGUUCGAGAACAACGCGGACAAUGCUCUGCGGGAGGGGUCAAGAGCCUGGGCAGAAAAGGCCAAGUCCCUAGUAUCAAGAGAUCUGGCAAUCUCCACCACGGACCUGAUGGACAGUUUGAUCCUCUUGAGCUGGUACGAGUUCGGAGGCGAUCGUGAUGGGGGACUUUGGAUGUACUCUGGCAUGGCUUUUCGGAUGGGACAAGAUCUAGGUCUCGAAACGAUCGGCAAGGAAGGGGGAGCUUUGAUCUCGGGUACGACCGUACACGAUCGUGAUAUGGCCAGCUCAAGGCGUCGGCAUUGUUGUCUGAGAGUCAUGGACUCCAUCAUGACUAUCGGUACCGGUCGCCGAGGCAUGUUUCAGGACCGGAAAUGGACUGUUCCAAACCUACCGAGCGUUAUGACCCAUACGGGGCAACAUCUCCCUGAUCCGUUCGAGCACGUUACUCAGAUAUUCGUCUACGUCGAUCAAAUCGCUCACAUCCUCGUCAACGUAUCCCUAGAUCAAGCGGAUAAAGAAUUGGCGCAACUCCAGAAUGAUUUGACGGCAUUCUAUUCCACGUUGCCGGAGGAUCUCAAGUUCAGUACGCUGACUUUCCAAUCUUUUGCCAAUGCAGGUCAGGGUGGCGCAUUUGUGCUAUUACAUACAUGGUUUCAUGCCCUGGUUCUAUUAUCAUAUCUACCUCUGCCUUUACUGUCUUCCUCGGAUCUGAGUAGACACGCCAAGAUGGAUGAUGCGGGACGAGAACUGGCAGUCAGCUCUGCUAAAUCCAUUAUGGACAUCGUUGCGUUUGCUGAAAUCAUCGAUAAUCGAGCUGUAACUCAACCAUGGAUAAAUUACCCCCUCUACCUAGCUGCGAGAACAUUUCUGCUCCAGGCUAGGCGAUAUGAGGAUCCAGAAUGCACUUCUGUGGGGAAAGAACACAUGAUUCGAGCCGCUCGACAAGACUUUCAAAAGACCUUGGCCAUGUUGGGCAAGGUCGAGAUCUACUGGACAGGCGUACGAUACAUUCGUCAGAGUCUUGAGCAGAGGGAAAACGAUGCAGAAGUGCCUUCAGGCACUUAAAGACAAGAUUCGCCUCCCUUAUCGACAGCUUCGCUUCUGGCGGAUCUGCUUGGCUCAGAGUCAGCCGAGUUCUCUGAUACUUUGUUGGGACUAGGACUCAGCGGGACCAUUGAUCCAUCACUUGACAACAGCCAAACCCAUGUCAGUGCACCAGAUGGCGCAUAGUCCAGCUAUCAGCUCUGUUUGGCAUGCGAACGAUGACAUGUGACUAUAAUACAAAUCUUGU